AUGCGUGUCACUACUCUCUCCACUGCGCUCUUCGCGUUGGCUUCCACCGCUGUGUCAGCGCCAACCGCUGGGAGCUCUUCUCCUGGUCUUGAGGUCAAGCUGACCCAGAUUGACAACACUCGUGUGAAGGCGGUUGUCAAGAACACCGGCAGUGAGGAAGUGUCCUUCGUCCACCUGAACUUCUUCAAGGACGCUGGCCCUGUCAAGAAGGUUUCCAUCUACCGCGGCCAGGAUGAGGUCCAGUUCGAGGGUAUCAAGCGCCGCUUGAGGAGCAGUGGCAUCACCAAGGAGGCUGUCACUUCUCUCGGUGCCGGAGAGACCCUGGAGGAUGAGUUCGAUAUCGCCUCCACCAGCGACCUGGCAAGCGGCGGUCCCGUUUCCAUCCGCAGCCACGGAUUCGUCCCCAUUGUCGUGGACGGCAAGAUCACCGGCUACAUCCCCUACAAGUCCAACGACCUGACCGUCAAUGUUGACGGCGGUAAGGCCGCCAAGGUCACCAAGGCGCUGUCGCAGCUCACCCGCCGCACCGAGGUCACCGACUGCAAGGGUGACGCCGAGUCCUCGUUGACCACUGCCCUUUCCAACGCUGCCAAGCUGGCCAACCAGGCUGCCGAAGCCGCCGAAUCCGGCGACGAGUCCAAGUUCGAGGAGUACUUCAAGACCACCGACCAGCAGACCCGCACGACCGUUGCUGAGCGUCUGCGCGCUGUCGCUAAGGAAGCCGGCUCUACCUCCGGUGGCUCUACCACGUACCACUGCAACGACCCCUACGGCUACUGUGAGCCUAACGUUCUGGCCUACACCCUGCCCUCGAAGAACGAGAUCGCCAACUGCGACAUCUACUACUCUGAGCUUCCUCCCUUGGCUCAGAAGUGCCACGCCCAGGACCAGGCCACCACCACUCUUCACGAGUUCACUCACGCCCCUGGCGUCUACCAGCCUGGUACUGAGGACUUGGGCUACGGCUAUGAUGCCGCUACUCAGCUGAGUGCCCAGGAUGCGUUGAACAACGCUGAUUCCUAUGCCUUGUAUGCCAAUGCUAUCGAGCUCAAGUGCUAA